CAAUAAUGCACAUUACCUGUUUGUUCUUUUGCUUGUUUCAGUUCAAUGAUCUAUAGUUCUUUCCUAAACAAGGAAUGGCAUAUAUGAUUUGAAGGAAAAGAAAUUUUCUGUCCUACCAAGCCAUAUUAAUUAUUCUUUGCUUUAUGAUGUGCUCAUCAUAGCUGUUUUAUGCUGCUUUGACUUUGCUGUUUCACACUCUCAAACUAUUCUGGUUCAACUCAAAUACAAGAGCUUCAAGCCACUACUUACUCUAGCUCCUCAUUCUCAAGAUUGUUGCAAGAAUUAUUGUAGAUGAUGAUUGGAGCUUGGAUAACUCAAAACCUUCUAGCCUCUUCUUAAUGCAGUGUAUGGUUGGAAUAAAUGAAGCUCAAGCUCAGAGUUGCUCUUGCUAUCGUCUUCGUCUUGCUCUCGAUUGAGCACUCAUUUUCUGAUGAGCCUUCUGAUACCUAUGGCCUAAACAAGUGGAAAUGUACAUGUGCUUUCCAAGGGAACCAGAGCUACUCUAUUGCAAAUUGUUCUAAGUCAUGUGAUUGCCGUUCGGAUGCUGAAGAGACUUCAUCUAUAUGGACAUGCUUAUGUAAUCCCAAUGGAUUCCCCCAAAUGGGAGUGGCAUCAGCAAAUGGCCACAACCAUAAUUGCUUCAGUGCCUGCAACUGUACCUGGGGAACUAACAGCUUGCCACUAGGUUCAAAGAAACACAUCUCCAGCAAGACUGUUGUAGUUAUUCUACUAAUAUCUGUUGUCUGUACGACCAUUGCGUUUCUUACCUCAGUCCUAUGCUAUGUCUACCGAAGGGACAGAUGUCCUAUUCAAUCACCGAUAUUUUCACCGGAUAAGGAAACAAGUAGCGGUAGCACUGCCAACUUAAUUAGUCACAGGACAGUGACUUCUUCAGUGGCAGAAACAAAAUUUGCUAUUGAUUCUCCUGUUAGUAAUAUGACAGGAUGCUUUCAGAAAGCCUCUUUCUUGUUUGGGAUCCAGAGGGAAACUUUUCAUGGAAAUAUUAUUCAAUUUUCCUUUGCCGAACUAGAAAAUGCCACUGAAAACUUUCUAAGCUCCAACCUAAUUGGACUAGGUGGAAGUAGUUAUGUAUACCGCGGUCGUCUGAAAGAUGGUAGUAUCGUAGCAGUUAAGCGACUAAAAGAUCCAGGAGGGCCAGAAGCAGACUCUGCAUUUUUCAAAGAGAUUGAACUAUUAUCUAGACUUCAUCAUUGCCAUUUGGUGCCUUUGCUUGGAUACUGCUCAGAAUUAAAAGGGAGACAUUUUCAAAGGCUACUAGUAUUCGAGUACAUGUCUAAUGGGAAUUUGAGGGACUGGUUAGAUGGAGUGUCUGCAAAAAAUCUCGAUUGGACCACACGCAUUACAAUCGCAAUCGGAGCUGCAAGGGGCUUGGAAUAUCUCCAUGAAGCGGCUGCUCCAAGAAUUCUUCAUAGAGAUGUCAAAUCAACAAACAUUCUUCUGGAUGAAAAUUGGCAAGCAAAGAUAACUGACCUUGGUAUGGCUAAGAACGUGCGAGCGGAUGAUCACCCCAGCUGUUCGAAUUCUCCAGCUAGAAUGCAGGGAACAUUUGGAUAUUUUGCACCCGAGUAUGCUAUUGUCGGGCGAGCCUCUCUUGAAUCGGAUGUUUUCAGUUUCGGGGUGGUUCUCCUUGAGCUUAUCAGUGGUCGGCAACCAAUCUAUAAAACUACAGGCAAAGAAGAAAGCCUUGUUAUAUGGGCUGCGCCUCGCUUACAGGAUAGUAGGCGAGUAAUAUCGGAGUUGGUCGAUCCACGACUGAAAGGAGACUUCCCGGAAGAAGAGGUACAGAUUAUGGCAUACUUAGCAAAGGAAUGUUUGUUGCUGGAUCCUGAAAUUCGUCCAUCCAUGAGUGAGGUUGUUCAAAUUCUCUCGAGUAUUUCGCCCGACAAAUCGAGACGAAGAAGAAACAUUCCAGCCAGCCUGUUCCUGGAACCAGUAGAAGCAGAAAGAUCUCCAAUUCAUAAUUCAUUGCAACAAGACACUGAUCAUAGAUUCUGGGUUGGGAACAAAAACAAAGAAGCUAAUGUAGAUUCAGCUGAGCAUACAGAGAAUUUGACCCUCUUGACAUCAAAAUCCGAGAGUUGCCACGUGUCAGAAGAGGAAAUAGUAGACCUAACUGAGCCGCGAUACGAAUCAUUUUGCAUGGCAAAUGUCAAUUUCUCAUGAAGACAACUACUUGAUACAACUUUUGUUGCUUGUACUACAAGUUAUUGUGCAUGUCUUGCUUCUGAAUAUGUUGUUCUCCAUUUUUUAUUUCACUUAAAUUAUAAAGGAAGAACACAUAGGUGUUGCUAGAUGAGCACAGAAAUUUCUUUUGCAUCUUUGUACAGGAAAAAACAUAGGGUGAUAUAGGAUAUUCUGGUUCUACUUUGAAAAAAAAAAGAAUCAGAUUAGAUACACAUUAAAGGGUUUUGAUCAUAGAAAUAAAUUAUUU